AUGCUCUCGUCGUAUCUUAAGGAUGAUUUCGAUACGCUGGCCAAUUCGUUCGCGAGGCAGCAGGCGUUCGAAGAUCGGUUGCGCCAAGUCGAGGAGCUCCGUCAGGACGAAGACAUUACCACUCAUACACAUACUAUCGCCCGCACCCUCUUAGUCUCCGUCCUCGCGCCAGCAUUCGCGCUUAUACCAGCCCGAUCGAUUGCUAUCGCUAUCGCUAUCGCCAUAUCUGCAUGCCAUUCUCCCUUUUAUUGCGUCGUCAAGGAUCGAAGUCGGAAUAGAGAUAAAGAUGGAAGAAUAGAGAUCGCUCCGGCGGGGUCGAUAGUCGAAGCGCAUAAAGCCAUUAAGGAAGGAGGAGGAGAGGCAGGCGAAGGUGAAGGUAAAGGUGAAGAAGCAUAUGGAAAUGGUAGGGAGGACGGCCAAUCCGAAGCUGAAGAAAGUAAAGGUGAGAGACAAAGAGAAGCCUUUCAAUUCCGUAUCGAUUCAACCUCGCUUUCAGCCUUGCGCACGGCUAAUCAGAGCAUCGAUGCCAAGAUGAGCGUGUUGCGCACUAUAGCGGGCUGA